AUGACUUCAUAUCUGCGCAAAAAAUUCCAGUAUUUGACGACGGCGCCGUCACAGUCCUCCGAGUCCGAGGAUGUUGUAAGGGACACUGAAGUCAACCCAGGUAACAAUAUGGACGAGAUCGAACGCAGUAAAAUCGGAAUUGUGAGAGCCCUUGUCCAGAAUCAGAACCCCUCUGCUAAGGAUUUUGAUGAUCUAAUGAUCCGUAGAUUUUUGAGAGCUCGUGAUCAUGAUGUUGAGAAGGCAUCAGCCAUGUUACUGAAGAUAUGA